GGCAUCCCUAAUUCCACAUUCAUUUUUCACUUGUUGUUCAGUGUCGGUAUAAUUGGUUCGCACAGCUGUUUGAGCAAUUUUGUUUAUCUUUGCAUACUAGAAUAAAAUACGUGCAAAAUCUCGAUUGUAUAGAACCCAUAAAUGGUGGAAUAUCUAUCUCCCCGUAAAGACCAGUUGAGCAGAGCAACACAAAACUACACUUUUCUUUGUACCCCCCUCAAACAAGCAUUCAUUAUUUAAAAGAUUCAAACGCAUCGUCUAAUCAUAAGAAUCGAGGAAAAUAUGCUUAGAUCGCAACUGCAAUUCAUCACGGGACCUGUGGAUCGGGCACUAGCUGGCAAAGCACCCUGGCAGAUUGUGGCACUCACGACGACAACAGUCCUUGGGGCUAUUUGGCUGUGGGAACUUCUUAAUGAGGAUGAAAGUCUGUAUUCACGAAUUCGGCGUAAGUGCUUCAAGUUGGCCCGUAAGAUUCCCGCUGUACAACGAAAGAUCGAUGCGGAAAUAGCCAAAAUCAAUGAAGGCUUCGUGAAAGAUGCCUCUCAAUACGGCGAAUUUGUCACUAUUUUGCCUCAAGAUGGAAUAGCGGAAGAUAGGAUUCUCCAAAAGGUCGAUGAAUAUCUGUCUCUCGGUCACUACAAGUGGAAAGAGGGAUUCAUAUCGGGGGCGGUGUACUAUUACGAUCCUCGCCUGGUAAAACUGGUGACCGAAGUGUAUGGGAAAGCAUCCUAUACGAACCCUUUACACGUUGAUGUGUUUCCCGGAAUAUGUAAAAUGGAAGCGGAAGUGAUACGCAUGGCAGCAACGCUGUUCAAGGGUGGUUCCAACGCAUGUGGUACGAUGACUACCGGGGGGACGGAGUCCAUCAUGAUGGCGUGCAAGGCGUAUCGGGAUUAUGGUCAUGAGGUCAAGGGUAUUACGAAACCAAACAUCGUCCUCCCGGUGACUGCCCACACAGCCUUCGACAAGUCGGCCAAAUAUUUUGGAAUGUACACCAAAACUGUACCGGUUAAUCCCGAAAGCACAGAGGUAGAUAUUGGCGCCAUGGAGCGUGCAAUCAAUAGGAAUACGGUGAUGUUAGUUGGAUCCGCUCCGAAUUUUCCGUACGGAACGAUGGAUGACAUCGAAGCAAUCGCCAGGCUGGGCAAGAAGUACAACAUUCCGGUGCACGUGGACGCUUGUUUGGGUGGUUUCCUAAUUGUGUUCAUGAAACGAGCCGGCUACUACGUGAAGCCAUUUGAUUUCAGCGUGGACGGAGUGACGAGCAUCUCAGCGGAUACGCACAAGUACGGUUUUACCCCGAAAGGUUCUUCCAUCAUUCUGUACUCGGACAAAGUGUAUCGACACUAUCAAUACACUGUCACAACAGAAUGGCCUGGAGGUGUUUAUGGUUCACCAACUGUGAAUGGAUCACGGGCAGGGGGCGUCAUCGCCGCAACAUGGGCCACAAUGCUGAACUUCGGAAUCGAUGGCUACGUGGAGUCUACCAAACGUAUCAUUGACACAGCCCGCUAUAUAGAGACUCAUCUUCGUAAAAUUGAUCACAUCUACAUCUUCGGAACUCCGGCGACUAGCGUGAUAGCGAUUGGCUCGAAAAAGUUCGAUAUUUUCCGCCUGUCAGCGGAGUUGAGUACGUUAGGCUGGAACCUAAACUCGCUACAAUUCCCAUCCGGAAUUCAUCUAUGCGUCACACAUAUGCAUACCCCCGAUGGGAUAGCGGAUAAAUUCAUAAACGACGUUCGCUCAAAGGUGGCGCUAAUCAUGAAAAAUCCCGAAACACCGGUAGAGGGCAGAAUGGCGAUCUACGGUGUGGCCCAAGCGGUACCCGACCGGGAGCUGAUAGGAAACUUUACGAAAUGCUUUAUUGACUCAAUGUACUUUACUCAGGAGACCAAGUGAGCGGUUAAACGGUUCUGUGAUGUAUAGGUGAAGAUGAAUGUGAGAUGUCGUAUAUUACGACGAAACUAUUUAAGAAACGUUGACGCCAAAAAGAAUACUUUUAUGCGAAUUAUUGUAGGUGUUAGCUCUGGGACUUGAAUAAAGCUAUGAUGUGGGUAUUGUUUGUAGGAUGAA